AUGGAGGGAGACGUUAUGGACAAACUGGACGACAUGGCUUCGGUCUAUGAGUUCGACCCAUUUACUGGCAACAUCCCUGCCACGAAAGUGGAGAUCACAGUUUCGUGCAGGAAUCUUCUAGAUAAAGACACAUUCUCCAAAUCAGAUCCAAUGUGUGUCCUGUACACCCAAGGAGUGGAGACCAAACAGUGGCGAGAGUUUGGAAGAACAGAGGUGAUUGACAACACGCUUAAUCCAGACUUUGUCAGAAAGUUCAUCUUAGACUACUUCUUCGAGGAGAAGCAGAACUUACGCUUUGACUUAUAUGAUGUUGACUCUAAAAGUCCUGACCUGUCGAAACACGUGAGUGGAAAAGAACUUCACUCGUACGACUUUUUGGGUCAGAUGUUCUGCACCCUUGGAGAAAUUGUGGGCUCACCAGCCAGUCGUCUGGAGAAGCCUCUUGGGGGGAUUCCAGGGAAGAAGUGUGGCAUGAUCAUUUUGACUGCAGAAGAACUGGGAAACUGCAGGGACAGUGCAACCAUGCAGUUUUGUGCCAAUAAACUGGACAAGAAGGACUUCUUUGGCAAAUCAGACCCUUUCAUGGUUUUUUACAGAAGCAACGAGGAUGGAACGUUCACCAUCUGUCAUAAGACAGAGGUGGUGAAGAACACGCUGAAUCCAGUUUGGCAAUCUUUCACGAUUCCUGUGAGGGCACUCUGCAAUGGGGACUAUGACAGGACAAUUAAGGUGGAGGUCUAUGACUGGGACCGUGAUGGGAGUCAUGACUUCAUCGGUGAAUUCACCACCAGCUAUCGAGAGUUGGCUAGAGGUCAGAGCCAGUUUAAUGUUUAUGAGGUGGUGAAUCCCAAAAAGAAAAUGAAGAAAAAGAAAUAUGUAAAUUCUGGCACGGUGACGCUGCUGUCAUUUUCAGUGGAAUCUGAAUCAACUUUUCUUGACUACAUCAAAGGAGGGACCCAGAUCAAUUUCACUGUGGCCAUUGAUUUCACUGCCUCUAAUGGAAACCCAUCACAGUCCACAUCUCUUCACUACAUGAACCCUUACCAAAUGAAUGCCUACGCCAUGGCGCUCAAGGCUGUGGGAGAGAUUAUCCAGGAUUAUGACAGUGAUAAAAUGUUCCCAGCGCUGGGCUUUGGAGCCAAACUCCCUCCUGAUGGUCGAGUUUCCCAUGAGUUUCCUUUGAAUGGCAAUAUUGAAAACCCUUACUGCAAUGGUAUUGAAGGCAUCUUGGAGGCUUAUCACCAGAGCUUAAAAACGGUUCAGCUCUACGGACCAACCAACUUUGCUCCAGUUGUCAACCACGUAGCUAGGUAUGCGGCAGCUGUCCAGGAUGGCUCACAGUACUUUGUCCUCCUCAUCAUCACGGAUGGUGUCAUAUCUGAUAUGGCUCAGACCAAGGAGGCUAUUGUGAAUAGUGCAAAACUGCCAAUGUCUAUUAUCAUUGUUGGAGUGGGGCAGGCUGAGUUUGAUGCUAUGGUGGAGCUGGAUGGAGAUGAUGUGAGGAUUUCCUCCAGAGGGAAGCUGGCAGAAAGGGACAUUGUCCAGUUUGUGCCUUUCCGGGACUAUAUGGACAGAACGGGAAAUCAUGUGUUGAGCAUGGCCAGGCUGGCAAAAGAUGUACUGGCUGAGAUCCCAGACCAGUUCAUCUCUUACAUGAAAAGCAGAGGAAUCAAGCCCAACCCGUCACCGCCACCCUACACACCUCCAGGACACACCCAGCACACACAGAUCUGA